AUGUUGAUAUUGAAAAAGUUACAUUUGAUAUUCUGCUUCUUAGUUGCUGUAGCGCUGGGUUUGGAUAUAACGGAAAACACUGUUGACAGAGGUACCAUAAGCUUGAAUGUCGGUAAUAUUAACAUUCAUUCAGGCGCUUACUGGUCUAUCAUUGACAAUGCCAUUUCUGCGUUUGUUUCAAGUUUAAAUGUGCAAUCUGGUGCCGGUCUUUACAUUUCUAGUACUUCACCAUUACUUUCAUUGCAAGUUACUUUGUUGGGAUUGCUCAACUCCAUUACCAACAACGGUAUUAUUUCAUUCAAUUCAGUUGCUUCCUUGACAUCGUCAACUUAUAACCUUGUUGGUUUAUCAUUUCAAAAUAAUGGUGAAAUGUAUUUGGCUGCUUCUGGAAUUUUACCCAGUAGCAUGAGUAUCACCGCAUCCAGUUGGACAAAUACUGGUUUACUUGAAUUUUACCAAAAUCAAAGAAAUGAAGGUACAGUUAGUUUAGGAACAACUUUGGGAAGCAUUACCAACAAUGGCCAGAUUUGUUUUAUCAACGAGGUGUAUCAACAAGCGACAACAAUUGCUGGUACUGGUUGUAUUACUGCUGAUAAAGAUUCCUCCAUUUACAUUUCAAAUGCACUCUUGCUGGUUUCCACGGGGCAAACUUUUUACUUGGCUGAUGGUGCUUCUUCCAUGAUUGCACAGGCAAUAUCUACGCCACAAACGUUCAACGUGCGUAACUUCGGUCAAGUCAAUGGGGUUGCAAAUAAAAUUGGAUUAACAAUUCCGCUUUUUUCGUUGACUGGAAGCGCAUGGUCGUACAAUUCCGCUACUGGUAUUUUGACGUUGAGAGGAGCAGGUUUGUUGCUGCAAUAUUUCAACAUUGGUACUGGGUAUGACUCUUCCAAGUUUCAAGUUGUGACUGACAGUGGAGCUGGCUUGCCUUCAACUCUCUUAGGAUCAAUUCAAUAUAAUGGUCCUGUACCUAACCCAGGAUUGCCAAGUCAAUGUCGCGUUUGUAAAUCGCUACCAGCAAUUCCUGGCGCGCAACCUACUGAAUACACAACUACAAUUACAACAACCAGUGGUGGACAAACGAUAACUGAGACAGGAGUUGUGGACAUUACUACCGACACCAGCGGCUCAUGGUAUACAACCACUUCUAUCUUCCCAACCAGUUCUACGUUGACCACCGAGUACACUACCACCUGGACUACCACCAAGUCAGACGGAUCAGUUGAGACCGACUCUGGUAUUGUAUCGCAGUCUGGUACCUCCUUAACAACCAUCACGACUUUCCCACAGCCAGUGCAAACGGAAUACACUACCACUUGGACUACCACCAAGUCAGACGGAUCAAUUGAGACCGACUCUGGUAUUGUAUCGCAGUCUGGUACAUCGUUGACCACCAUCACGACUAUCCCACAGCCAGUGCAAACUGAGUACACUACCACCUGGACUACCACGAAAUCUGACGGAUCAGUUGAGACCGACUCUGGUAUCGUUUCGCAAUCGGGUACCUCCUUAACAACCAUCACGACUUUCCCACAGCCAGUGCAAACUGAGUACACCACCACCUGGACUACCACCAAGUCAGACGGAUCUGUUGAGACCGACUCUGGUAUUGUAUCGCAGUCUGGUACAUCGUUGACCACCAUC